AUGUACGUAAAGUACGUCGCUCGCAAUUCGGCCGUAUUCACCACUAGAGGUUACGAAGACUACGUCUCGCGGACUGGUGGGAACGCUGAAUGGGAAGAAGAGGGCAAAUUCAGCAUUGUAGCCAAAACAAAGAAUUCGAGCCGAUGGAACAGCUUGCACCAGGAGAUCUUUCAGCUAGAUCCGUGGAUGAAGACGAUACUACGUUGCGGCUUAGGUUGGGGUGAGGAAUCCAUUUUUCGUAACGCCGCAGCAGAAGGGAGUGUGCGACAACCCCAAGUAGCCAUGUCUGACCAUGCACCGGUGCUCACUACGGGCGCAAAGGUUUUCGCCGCCAUUUGUGACAACCGCGGGGUCGUGCCCGGCGAUGCAUCAGCGCAUGCACACAUAUUCGCAAGACCAGAGACCCGACCGAGCCCUUCUUGCACCAUCCCCUUUCGCCGCGAUCCAGACUUCGUCAACCGUGGGACGCUGCUCGAUCAGAUACGCGAGAGAUGCUCCGUGCCAGCAUCGCGUGUAGCGCUGGUGGGCCUAGGCGGCGUGGGGAAGUCGCAGCUCGCCAUCGAACACUGCUAUCGCACCGCGGAGGCAUCACCAGACACAUGGGUGUUCUGGGUGCAUGCCAGCAACGCGGCGCGCGUCGAGCAAAGCUUCCGAGAUAUCGCGGAUAGAGUCAAAUUGGCUGGCCGGAACGACCCACAAGCGGAUGUGUUCAAGCUGGUUCAUAACUGGUUCCGCAACGAGGGGAACAGAAAGUGGCUGGUAGUCGUCGACAGUGCUGACGACGCAGAUGUUCUUUCUCGACCCUUGAACAGGCACCAGAGUACCCAGACCACUGAGGACGGCGCUCCUCGGUGGCACCUGUCGAAGUAUUUGCCUUCCAGCAGGUACGGCUCCGUUCUGGUGACGUCCCGGACAAGAGCCGUAGCGGAGAAGCUGGUGGAGAGCAGUGAUAUCAUACGGAUUGAGCCGAUGCACGAUGCGAGCGCGCAGGAGCUUCUUCACAGGAAGCUAAAAGAGGAGAUAGACAAGGACGGUAUUGUCGAGCUGGUGGCGGCGCUCGAGUUCAUGCCACUCGCUCUUGUCCAGGCGUCGGCAUAUAUCCAUCAGCAAGCUCCGAAAUGGUCAUUGCGACAGUAUUUGGACGAGUUCCGUAAGAGCGAUAUAAGAAAUACGACCCUGCUGGACCAGGGAGCAGGGCAUCUCCGGAGAGACGAAAAAGCCGAGAAUUCCAUUAUGACAACAUGGCAGAUAUCGUUUGACUACAUACGCAACACAAGACAAUCAGCGGCUGAUCUACUGUCGCUUAUGAGCUUCUUCAACAGACAAGGCAUCCACAAAGCAUUACUUGGCCGCCAGGGCUACACAGGAAAUAGGUGUGAUGAAAAUAAUAAUAAUAAAGAAGGGGAUGACACGGAUGACAACGCCCGAGAAGCAAGAGUCAAGAAUAGGUUGGAAGAUGAUAUUCUUCUGCUAAGAGACUACUCUUUGAUCUCUAUAACUAGAGAUACAGACACGGUUGACAUGCACAGGUUAGUGCAGCUAGCUACCCAGAAAUGGCUAAAGGGCCAGGGGAAAACCGAGCGGUGGAAGGAGACGUUUAUGACGAAUCUUAGCAGGGCAUGUCCGACAGGGGAGUAUAAAAACUGGGAGAGAUGCCGAGCGCUUUUACCGCAUGCAGAGAGGCACCCAGACACGUUGGCCAGAAUGGUAAACAUGACGUCAACGUACUUGAAUCAGGGGCGGUGGAAUGAACCCAACCAGCUGGAAAUGCAAGUAGUAAAGGCGAGUGCGAAGAAGCUCGGCAAGAGGCAUCCUGACACGCUAACUAGUAUGGUGAGCCUGGCGUCAACAUUCAGGAAUCAAGGGAGGUGGAAGGAGGCAGAGCAGCUGGAAGUGCAAGUGAUGGAGGUGAAAGAGAAGGAGCUUGGCGAGAGGCAUCCUGACACGCUGACCAGCAUGGCAAACCUGGCGUCAACGUACAGGAAUCAGGGGAGGUGGAAGGAGGCUGAGCGGCUAGAAGUGCAAGUGAUGGAGACAAGAAAGAAGGAGUUUGGCGAGAGGCACCCUGACACGCUGACCAGUAUGGCGAACCUGGCGUCAACGUACAGGAAUCAGGGGAGGUGGAGCGAGGCCGAGCAACUGGAGGUGCAAGUGAUGGAAGCGAGAAAGAACGAGCUUGGCGAGAGACAUCCCUCUACACUAGCUAGUAUGGCGAACCUGGCGUCAACGUACAGGAAUCAGGGGAGGUGGGGUGAGGCCGAGCAACUGGAGGUGAAAGUGAUGGAGGCGAGAAAGAACAAACUUGGCGAGAGGCAUCCCUCUACGCUAGCUAGUAUGGCGAACCUGGCGUCAACGUACAGGUAUCAGGGGCGGUGGAAGGAGGCCGAGAAGUUGGAAGUGCAAGUGAUGGAGGAGAGUACAAAUGAACUUGGUGAGAGGCAUCCCUACACGCUGGCUAGUAUGGCGAACGUGGCUUCGACGUACUGGAAUCAGGGGCGGUGGAAGGAGGCUGAGCAGCUAUUUGUACAAGUGAUGGAGGCGACUACGAAGGAGCUCGGCGAGAGGCAUCCUGACACGCUGACCUGCAUGGCGAACCUGGCGUCGACAUACAGGAAUCAGGGGCGGUGGAAGGAGGCCGAGCAGCUUGAAUUGCAAGUGAUGGAGGCGAGUACGAAGGAGCUCGGCGAGAGACAUCCUGAUACGCUGGCCAGUAUGGCGAACCUGGCGUCAACGUACUGGAAUCAGGGGAGGUGGCACGAGGCCGAGCAGCUUGAUAUGCAAGUGAUGGAGGCGAGAAAGAAGGAGCUUGGCGAAAGACAUCCAUCUACGCUAACCAGCAUGGCAAACCUAGCAUCAACGUACAUGAAUCAGGGGAGGUGGCAGGAAGCCGAACAGCUAUUUGUGCAAGUGAUAGAGGCGAGAAAGAAGGGGAUUGGCGAGAGGCAUCCCGACACUCUGGCUAGUAUGGCGAACCUGGCGUCGACGUACAGGAAUCAGGGGCGGUGGAAGGAGGCUGAGCAACUGGAAGUGCAAGUCGUGGAGGCGAGUGCAAAAGAGCUCGGCGAGGGGCAUCCGAACACCCUGACUAGUAUGGCGAACCUGGCGUCAACGUACAGGAAUCAGGGGCGGUGGAAGGAGGCCGAGCAGCUGUUUGUGCAAGUGAUAGAGGCGAGUGCGAAGGAGCUCGGUGAGAGGCAUCCUAACACGCUGACCAGCAUGGCGAACCUGGCGUUAACGUACAGGAAUCAAGGGAGGUGGAAGGAGGCCGAGCAAGUGUUUUUGCAAGUGAUAGAGACAAGAAAGAAGGAGAUUGGAAGGAUGCAUCCCGACACGCUAACCAGCAUGGCGAACCUGGCGUCGACGUACAGGGAUCAGGGGCGGUGGAAGGAGGCCGAGCAACUGGAGGUUCAAGUAAUAGAGGCGAGAAAGAACACGCUUGGCGAGAUGCAUCAUGAUACGCUGGACAGCAUGGCGAAUCUGGCGUCAACGUACUGGAAUCAGGGGAGGUGGAAGGAGGCUGAGCAGUUGGAUGUGCAAGUGAUGGAGGCGAGAAAGAAAGAGCUUGGCGAAAGGCAUCCCUCUACGCUAACCAGCAUCGCAAACCUGGCGUCAACGUAUAGAAAUCAAGGGCAGUGGAAGGAGGCCGAGCAGCUAGAAGUCCAAGUGAUAAAGGCGAGUGCAAAGGAACUCGGGGAGAGGCACCCUGACACGCUGACCAGUAUGGCGAAUCUGGCAUCAACGUACAGGAAUCAGGGGCGGUGGAAGGAAGCCGAGCAAUUGGAGAUGAAUGUAAUGGAGGCGAGUGUGAAGGAGCUCGGCGAGAGGCACCCUGGCACGCUGACUAGUAUGGCGAGCCUGGCGUCGACGUACAGGAAUCAGGGGCGGUGGAAGGAGGCCGAACAGCUGGAAGUGCAUGUGAUGGAGGAGAGUGCGAAGGAACUCGGCGAGAGGCAUCCCUCUACGCUGACCAGCAUGGCGAACCUGGCGUCGACGUACUGGAAUCAGGGGCGGUGGAAGGAGGCCGAGCAGCUAGACGUGAAAGUGAUGGAGACGUGUACGAAGGAGCUCAGCGAGAAGCAUCCUGACACGCUGACUAUAGCGAACCUGGCGUCAAUGUACAGAAAUCAAGGGCGGUGGAAGGAGGCAGAGCGGCUGGAAUUACAAGUGAUGGAAGAGAAUGCAAAGGACCUUGGUGAGAGGCAUCCCUACACGCUAACCAGCAUGGCGAACCUGGCGUCGACGUACAGGAAUCAAGGGCGGUGGAAGGAGGCCGAGCAGCUGUUUGUGCAAGUGAUAGAGGCGAGUGGGAAGGAACUCGGCGAGAGGCAUCCCGACACGCUGACCAGCAUGGCGAACCUGGCGUCGAUGUACAGGAAUCAGGCGCGAUGGAAAGAGGCCGAGCGGCUGGAAGUGCAAGUGAUUGAGGCAAGAAAGAAGGACCUCGGCGAGAGGCACACCUCUACGCUAACAAGCAUGGGGAACCUAGCGUCAACAUACAGGAAUCAGGGGCGGUGGAAGGAGGCCGAGCAACUGUUUGUGCAAGUGGCGGAGACGAGUGCGAAGGAACUCGGCGAAAGGCACCCCUCUACGCUGACCAGCUUGGCGAAUCUGGCGUUGACGUACAGGAAUCAGAGGCGGUGGAAGGAAGCUGAGCAGCUGGAAAUGCAAGUUAUGGAGGCAAGAGAGAAGGUACUUGGCGAAAGGCACCCCUCUACGCUGACCAGCAUGGGGAACCUAGCUUCAACGUACUGUAAUCAGGGGCGGUGGGAGGAAGCCGAGCAGCUAUUUGUGCAAGUGAUGGAGGCGAGAAAGAAGGACCUCGGCGAGAGGCAUCCCUCCACGCUGACCAGCAUGGCGAACCUAGCGUCGAUGUACUGGAAUGAUAGGCGAUGGAAGGAGGCUGAGCAGCUGUUUGUGCAAGUAGUAGAGACGAGUGCGAAAGAGCUCGGCGAGAGGCAUCCCUCUACACUGACCAGCAUGGCGAACUUGGCGUCGACGUACUGGAAUCAAGGACGGUUGAAGGAGGCCGAGCAGCUGUUUGUGCAAGUAAUUAAGGCGAGUGCAAAGGAGCUCGGCGAGCGGCAUCCCGAUACGCUACACAGCAUGGCGAACCUAGCAUUCACUUGGAAAUCUCAAGGUCGCGACAUUAAUGCUACCAGGCUCAUGGAGGACUGUUGUAGGCUGCAGAGAGAGGUUCUCGGUUCUAUGCAUCCUAAUACUCUCUCAUCAAUCGAGACUUUACAGGAGUGGAGACAGGAGAAGGAAUCCGCGGUACUAGGAACAUGCCGUUUUAGAUCCUAUCUAUGAAUGUACUUUGGAGGCUCAGGCAGUCAGUGCGGUGUUUUGCAUGGAACGGUGGCGGAGGUUCCCAGAGGUAAAAUCAAGAGACGCUCUUUGCGAGCUGUCAUUUGACAACUGGCCUACUCUAGCUAAACCAUUAUGAG